CGGAGUGCUCUUGAGCAAUUCCAACGUCGAGGAAUGGGUCUCCAGACACGGCAUGCCAUGGCGCAAGGCCUUGAUUCAAGACCGACUGUGGAGGACUUUCGCGACGACAGCUCGUGGGUGCAACUAGCCAAAACCCACUGGCUGGAGGCGUCGAAUGUCCGCAAGGUCAAACACGAUGUGAUCAAGAAAGAUAUCUGGGACCCUUUAGAGGCCGAGAAUUUUAGUUUUCGCUCGCUUCUGACCUUAGAGAAUUUGAAUAUCUUGGAAAAAUUUCUCUGGCCAACCUACACCGAAGACGCUUCGAAUUAUCACGUCUUGCUGCUCGCAUUAAUUGUGAGCGUCAAGCAGCGAGAACAUUUGCCGAUAUGGAGCAUUUUCUCAGACAGGCCGGAUGAUUUCUCGAAUCUUUUCCAUCGGAUCCUCUCCAUGAGCAUCGAUCAAUCACUCCCUACGUUUUCUCGUCUGUCGAUAAUGUCUUUCAUGAUUAGCGCCUUCCAAUCGCUGGAGAAUGCGUUGGUUCGCAAGGAGUGCGCACCGCUAGUUUCAAUUUCUAUUUGGCAUAAUCUUCAUAGUGAAGAAGCGAGGGAACGUGUACUUGCAAAGGCUCCAACACUGAGAAAAGCUUGGAGGGCCUCCGGGAAACGAUACGAUUCCGGCGAUGAGGCAGCCAAAGCGAAAAUGCGAUUUGAGCGAUCAUGGCUGUACACCUUGCUGUUGGAUUUCCUCCGAAGAUUGAAUGGCCCUGAAAAGGACCAGGCCGAUAACCUGCGAUACUGUGAACGGUUCCUCGAAUUACUCGUCGACUUGGAAAGCCAGCUUCCGACCAGACGCUACGUUAACACGUUGCUGAAAGAUCUUAAUAUCUUGCCUGUUAUUCGCUUGUCCCAGAUGUACCGCUCUGCAGAUAAUGCGCUGCUCCGUGAUUUUUAUAACCUCUUAAAGCAUUUCGUCGAAUUUGCGAUCGAUGACUACACGGGAGAGGCUUUGUCAUCUCAGGCAAUGUACGAUGUGCACUGCCAUGAGUUGGCACAGCUGCAGCGGACGUCCAUGAAGUAUUUCAAGGACAAAUUAAUGAUUUUAGCUCUAUCAAACUACGGCUCGAUCGAACAGCGUUCAGAGCUCGAGGGGCAAUUGUCAUCUUUGGAAGAGUCCGAGCUCCAAAGUUUGUGCUCACACCUCGGAUUUCGGACGAGUUAUCCCAAGCAAUCAAAUCUGACGUCUGACCGUCAUCUUUGCAUGGAGGUACUUCUAUCAUUCUACGAACGAACUAUGCCGUUCCAAGAGGCUGCUUCUCAUCUAAGCAUUGUUCCUACGGAAGAGACUCUGUACGACCCAUCAUUGCUCCGAAAUGAGACGUAUGAUGGAUCUAGGCCACUGGCGAUCCCUAAGCUAAACCUUCAGUAUCUCAGCCUCGGCGAUUUUCUCUGGCGUUCAUUCCUGUUAUACCGCUCGGAAGCAUUUUUCCAGAUUCGCAAGGAUAUGGAAUCGGUUGUUAAGCGGAUGCAACCUCGGUCUAGCCAGGAUGGGAAAACCCUAGCCUUUGAUGGCUUCUCUCGUAUGGCUAUACCAAUCUCAAAGCCUGCCAUAAUCGAAGUCGCUCCCCCCAAGACGGGCUCAACCAAGCCUGCCUUUGUGAGAGCAGAAAUAACAAUCGAAGUUGGUAGACUUGCUGACCGCAUUCGGAUGGAAUGGGACUCACUCCGACCUGAUGAUGUCGUCUACCUUCUAGCCGUGCAAUCUAGCAAUACAGGCAAGCUUGGACUUAAAGACCUCACCACUCCUCAGACGCCGGGCAUCGUGCAUCUAAGAACUGCAGAAAUUGUACAAGUCCUUGAUGAGAACGGGCGUCCAGUGCGCGAGCCAAGCUCCGGCCAGGCCAAUGGCCAUAAGUCUCGACCUCGCAUCAGAAGAUUGUUGGUUAACCUUGACCCUUCUGCUUUCAAGGCAGACAAGGACCGCACUCUGCAAGGCAAGCCGGACAUCUAUCCACUCAUUAACGUGAUUGCAAGGAGAAGAGGGAGAGAGAAUAACUUUAAAUCUAUCCUUGAAACUAUGCAAAGGCUGAUCGUCUCAGACAUCACCCUUCCGCCAUGGAUUCAGGAUAUUUUCCUGGGGUAUGGAGAUCCUGCUGGGGCCCGAUACACGGAAUUAUCGAACCGCCUUAAAUCACUGGAUUUCCGGGAUACAUUCUUGGAUUGGCAGCAUUUAGUUGAGAGUUUCCCGGGGUUUUCCAUUGAGCCUUCAGGCGAUGCAGCCUCCAGCUUUCAGCCACCCUAUGUUCUUGAAUAUCUCGAGGAAGCUCCACCGCCACUCCCCACAAAUACAUCGAAAAAGCGCCGAAGGGAACAGGCAGGGGAAGCCAAAGCCGCCUCUAAGUCCCUCCGCGUCUCGACAUACAAACAGCCGAACCCAGGGCCUUAUCCAGUAGAUGCCCCGAAGGUCAACGCCGUCCGAUUUACCCCGGCCCAGGUCGAGGCCAUUGCAUCCGGAACACAACCGGGACUCACAGUUAUUGUUGGACCUCCAGGAACCGGAAAGACCGACGUUGCGACCCAGAUUAUUAACAACAUCUAUCACGACUUCCCCAACGAGCGUACGUUGCUUAUUGCGCACAGCAACCAAGCAUUAAACCAGCUUUUCCAGAAGAUUGUGGCACUAGAUAUCGAUGAACGCCACCUCCUGCGUCUUGGUCAUGGCGAGGAGGAGCUAGAAACCGAGAGUAGCUACAGCAAGUACGGGCGUGUUGAGUCAUUCCUUGAUAACCGAAACUAUUUCCUCGCGGAAGUUACCCGUUUGGCUGCAUCGAUUGGUGCGCAAGGUGCCCAUGGCAACUCUUGCGAGACGGCGGGCUACUUUAACACAGUCUAUAUUCAACCUGCAUGGGCUAAAUUUUGGGACUAUGCUCGGGCCGAAAACACAUCUCAAGAAGAGAUCAUUGGGGCAUUCCCGUUCCAUGAAUAUUUCUCUAAUGCGCCCCAGCCCAUUUUUGACCCUUCAGCGUCCAAGGAGACCUUGGUUGAUGUAGCUGAAGGCUGUCAACGGCACAUUAGCAAGAUAUUCUCAGAGCUUGAAGAUAUUCGGCCGUUUGAGAUCCUGCGACAACCCAAGGACAAGGCCAACUAUCUCCUUGUAAAGGAAGCGAGAAUUAUCGCAAUGACAAGUACACACGCAGCCAUGCGUCGUCAAGAGAUUGCAAAUCUCGGAUUCCACUAUGAUAAUGUUAUCAUGGAGGAAGCGGCGCAGAUCACGGAAGUCGAAAGUUUUAUCCCGACUGCUCUGCAGAAUAUGAAGGAUGGCCAUCUUCCGCUUAAAAGAGUGGUUCUCUGUGGAGACCACCUUCAAAACUCUCCUAUUAUCCAGAACCUUGCUUUCCGACAGUAUGCUCAUUUCGAGCAAAGUUUGUUCCUUCGUUUAGUGAGGCUCGGUGUCCCUGUCAUCACACUUGACCAACAAGGACGUGCAAGGCCUAGUAUCGCGGAGCUGUUCAAAUGGCGUUAUCAGAACCUCGGAAACCUGCCUAUCGUCGAAAAUGCAUCGGAGUUUAAGCAAGCGAAUGCCGGGUUCCAGUUCGAGUAUCAAUUCAUCAAUGUCCCGGACUACCAGGGCACAGGAGAGCGGGAACCGACUCCUCAUUUCAUCCAAAAUCUAGGAGAAGCAGAGUAUGCUGUUGCUAUUUAUCAGUACAUGCGACUUCUUGGUUAUCCUGCCUCGAAGAUUUCAAUUCUCGCUACCUAUGCUGGUCAGACGGCAUUGAUCAAGGAUGUCUUAAAUCAUCGGUGCGCUAAGAACAGCUUGUUUGGAAUGCCCAAAAUCGUCACGACGGUUGAUAAGUAUCAGGGUGAACAGAAUGAUUACGUUAUUCUCUCCCUCACAAGAACUCGAACUGUCGGGUAUCUCCGCGACGUACGCCGUCUUACAGUGGCAUUGUCCCGUGCUCGGCUCGGCCUCUACGUUCUUGGCCGUCGCGAGGUCUUCGAGUCAUGUUACGAACUCAAACCUGCAUUUGACUUGCUUCUGCAACGCCCAGACAAGCUCAUGCUGGCUACAGGAGAGAUGUUCCCCACCAACCGAUCAUUGAGCGAUGAAGUCCAAGGCUCCCCGAUGGAAGGCCUGGAGCACCUUGGCCAGUAUGUCUUCGAAAUGACGCAGGCGAAGAUGAAAGCUAUGGGUGAUCGGGAUGUGAUUGUUGAUGAGGCCAUGCCGGAUGGGGCAGGCGAUCUUCUGGAGGAAGAUGGAGACGAGGUUAUGCUUGGUGCUGGCGAAGAACCGGAUGAAGAUCCAUUACAUGAAUCUGUAUACACUUAGGUAUCAAAAGAAAAGCAUGGGGGUUUCCGAAUUCUAAUACUUGUUGGAAGGAGUCUUGCUUGUCGGCGAAGGCUCGGCUUGGGUAACUAUUUCGUGUUUUAAAUCUAUCACAGUAUCCGAGCUGGGUUAUGUCACAAACUGGUAUAUAUACCUUCCUUGCAUGAAAACUCGUCUCAAUAUUAAGCAGUUUGGAGCUGGUGUCACCCACGCUCUUCAUAUUAUCCUGAC